UCCCAACGCUCGUCCUCCUCAAAUCCUCAAUCGUUCCCCAGCGUCGGUCGGGACACCUUCCACAGGCUACAUACAAAACGCGUACGACAUCCGCGCGCGCUACUCACGCUGUUAGACCACGCACAUCCCGUGUCGGGAUAACGAAAAAAAAGAAACAAAAAAAAAAUACAGCACCACCUCAAUCACUUUUUCUAUAACACUUUCUUGGGUCCCGAAAUGGUGGCAGCGAUUACAACGGUGGACGCAGUCGACGGCUAGCGUCGUAAACAAAAAGUGCAACGAGAGAAGACCAUCAACGAACGACACCAUGCCUAUCGCAGGACCACUGCUGCUUUGCGCCUUCCUUCCGGUUGCUCUAGGUCAGCUGGCUGAACCAGAACCGGAGUUCUUGGCUCCACUCGAGAACCAAACUGUUACCCAAGGCAGGGACAUGUACUUCACAUGCGUCGUCAAUCAUCUAUCUUCAUUCAAGGUAGCAUGGAUAAAAUCUGAUACAAAGGCAAUUCUGGCAAUCCAUACCCAUAUGGUGGCUCAAAAUCAAAGACUAUCGGUAACUCAUAAUGGUCACAACACCUGGAAACUGCACGUGUCUAACGUGCAAAAGAACGACUCCGGCACGUACAUGUGUCAGAUCAACACGGACCCGAUGCGCAGCCAGAUGGGAACACUAGAAGUGGUUAUACGACCGGACAUCCUGAACGAGAACGAAUCUUCUGAAGGAGGCGGUGUGGCUAUUGAAGGCGGCACGGUACGUCUCAAAUGCCACGCGACAGGAAUCCCGGAGCCGACGGUCCUCUGGCGUCGCGAGGACUCCAGGAGCCUUGUCCUUCGUCACGACGGCGGCCGCGAGAAGCAAGUUCUCCGGACCUACGACGGCGACACCUUGGUUCUCGGCAACAUCCAGAGAUCCGACAUGGGUGCAUAUCUCUGCAUUGCCAGCAAUGGCGUCCCGCCAUCCGUGAGCAAGCGAUUCACGGUCCGUGUACACUUUCAUCCGUUGAUCCGAGUAUCGAACCAACUGGUUGCUGCCCCAGCAGCCAGUGAUGUGUUGGUGCAGUGCUACGUGGAGGCUUCGCCACGGGCUAUGAACCAUUGGACAAGAGACACAGGGGAAAAACUAAUACCCAACGAGAAAUACUCUAUGGAGGAGACGAUAUUGAACGAGUACUCGCUUCUCAUGAAUCUGACAAUACGCUCCAUGGUUAAGAAGGACUUUGGCGGCUACGUUUGCACCUCCUCCAACGCCCUCGGUAAAGCGGAAGGAGUCGUCCGACUUCAAGAGAUGCAUAUGGCGAAGACGACAACCACGACUCCCGCACCUCGCAUCGUAGAUCUGAAACCGCGCAAGACUCCUCACAGGGAGAAGCCGAAGAAGUAUAAGCGACCGACAAAAGGUAGGAAGGAUUCGGAGGAUGAGGGCGACCUGGAGUCGACCAAGAUCGCGACCCUAGAGACUCGCACCCUUUCGCCGUCUCUGUCCGCAACUCCUAGCGCGACGAAACCACCCCCAUGGGUCUUACAACGGAACGGCGCGGACACCCCUAACAGAUACGUUUCAGCGCUUGCAGCGGCGACCCUUUUGUUACUCAUUAAUUACUAGAUAGAUCCCGCAAACCCGCAUCACACUUAUAUCUAGGUAUAUAUCAAAGAAAACAUGUCUUCCUCGUGCACGAUGCAAAACGGCAUAUCUUCGCAUCAUCAUAUUUUCCCGUUCUUGUUGUUGUUGUUUCUUUCCGUUCUCCGUCUUCAAACAAUGAAGCGUCUUCAGAGCAUAUCACGAACCCUUUUUUUCUAUCUCUGCCCAAACUCACAACAUUUCCUCGCUUCACUGCAAUUCGACAACGACUCUUUAAUCCCCAUUUACGGAAACAAAAAGAAUAUCAAUUAACUAAACGAAAUCACCGAAAGGUAAGUUUGCUCAGAUAAAUUUUAUUUUACGUUAUUUAAAAAAAAAAAGAAAAUAAAAAUAUACACUCAAGCUUUCUUCCUUCAAAAAAAUAAAAAUAAAUAAAAGAAAACUAGGAAAUAAAUAAAAUGUAACUACCCUAACAUUUUUACAAUACACCAGCUUCAAGUCGAUUCAUAACAGAGAAAAAUAGAGAACAUUAUUACACUUGCUGCAGAAAUAUUUCUGCAAUUUUCAAAGCGAAGGGAAUUCAUUUGCACGUGUCCCAAGUUCGCGAUUCCUGCGCCGCGACGGGCCAUGAAUAAAUCUGCAAACACCUUUCUUUGCGUGGCGCGUGCCGACUUCCUUCUACUGUUACAAGCUUCCUUCAGUUUUUUUUUUCAAUUAUCGAAGUGUGUCGUCUAUCGAAACGAAAAGGGUGAUAUCCAGGUGGAUAGGAAAGUGAAUCGAUGCGAGGCUGGUCGGAUUAGGUUAAAGACACGGAAAAAAAGUAUAUAUAUAUACAUAUAAAAAGUUAAAGAAAGAUUGAAGUCGAAAGAAAGAAAUAAAUUGCUCUCUCAUUAUAAUUUGUGCAAAUCUGCACCGCCCGAUUGCGACUACGCGAUUUGACUAAUUCUCGUAAUCAAUUAACACAAUAAUCUACUUCGACGCUCACUGUUGUUGGUGCAAAUCUGCUGCGUUUCUGCUGUUUAUGCAAAUGCUACCUUCCAAAUGUAAUUGAUU